AUGUUGACGUCUGCUGUGAGAAAUGUUGGUGCCACCGCAGGAACCUGGUACAUUUGGACAAAAAGCGUGACCCUCAGGAUAGUAUUUCUAUCCUUGGUCUUUUUGUUGCUCUUGUGGAUUUCUGUGUUUCUGUAUGGUAGUUUUUAUUAUGCGUAUAUGCCUACUUCGGCACACGAACGACCAGUCUACCUUCAAUUCAGAGAAUGUGAGGCAGCAGGGAGUAUAACUGGAAGUAGUAUACCAUGUUCAUAUUAUCCCACUGCCAAUGUUACACUGGUUCCCCCUGAACAUCAAGGACAGCAGCUUUUAAUGAAGGGUCAGUCUUAUAGAGUUCUCAUGGAUAUAGACAUGCCUCAAUCUCCUGUCAAUGAAAAUAUUGGUAUGUUUAUGGUAACAAUAUCAUUUUACACGGAUGGUGGAAGUGUGGUAUCUGUUUCAUCCAGACCAGCAAUUUUACCAUUUAAAUCUUUUCUUCUCAAAAUCUUGGAUACUCUGUUUCACUCACCAUUGUUGGUUGGAGGAUUUGCACGAGAGAAACAGAAUCUCGAAGUGGAGCUGUUUGAGAAUUUUCAAGAUAAUGUUUAUAAACCAGCUAUUGGUGCAUUGGUGACAUUUGAAACAAAGAAGAUUGAAAUUUACUCUACAACUCUCAAAUUACAAGCCCAUUUCACAGGUUUAAGGUACCUAAUGUUUCAUUGGCCUACUGCCACGGCAUUUACAUCAAUUUUCACCAACUUCAUGCUCUUGGCAACUGUAGUAAUGUUGUCCUGGUACCGAUGGUUUUCUGGAGAGAAUGACUUUCCUCAUGAAGUGGUAAGAAUGGAUUACGCUAGACCACCUGGACCCAUACGUCCAGCACCAGGUGACAGGCAACCAACAGGAAGAGCAGCUUUGGAAAGAUCAACAGAAGGGGUUGAUCUUCCUGCACUUCCCAUAGCAACUAAUGAUGAACCACUGAUCAUAGCACAGAGACGAGCUGCUCCACCACUAUCAGUUGCUACAUUGUUUCCUACUGAUGGUGCCAGUCAACACGAGAGAACAGGCUCAGAUAAAAGCAGUGACAGUAAUGGUGACUUUGAAAAUGUAGAGGAUGUUAUUCCAGAACAACCAAGUGAUGAUACAAAUGCUACUGAGUUAAGACUUAGACAUACCUAG